AUGACUCGAUAUUUACAUCUUAUUGUCAAUUCACGAGAUUCGUGGCAUUCGAUUGUGUUUCUUCAGGACCAAGCCAAGAAAGCGCUUUUGUUUUAGAGAGACAAUUUGAGAAAUUUAAAUGGUGCUUCAUUUUGGUCUACCCCAUUCGUUCCUUCCAAGAUUGUCUUCUCCGAAGCUUCUUCCACGGGAUGUGCUGCCUAUAUUCAAAAUUCGUCCUUACUUUUUCACAGGAAUUGGUCUGCAACUGAGUCGCUAAAGUCUUCUACUUGAAGGGAACUACAACCCCGGACAAAACUGUUGAGACAAUUCCAUCUAUUUUCUAACUUUUGCGCCCUACUCCCGUCUCCCCUAAACACAAAAAGUAAACCCCCUCCCCACCCCCUAUUCAAAGUUGCCUUGGUCUAAAAACCAACGUGUAUAAUUGCCAUGCUAUCCUAAGCAACUUUGGAUAAGGGGAGGGGGGAAAUCGGGCAUUCAUUUGGCGGCGGUUUCAGUUUUUGCCGGGAUGACAGGAAAAAAUAGGCAUUUUCGCGAUUUGUCUCAACAGGUUUUGUCCGGGGUUGUCUGCGGACUGUUUUCGGUAUUCUUUAACUUUCAUAGCAAUUACCUCAAGUUAUAGUCCUCUCUUUUGGUCAAAUUGAUAAAAGCCAUUGUUUCAGCAUACUUUUUUUUUCUUUUGAAUGCGAAAUAAAAUUUUUACAGUAAAAAUUAAAGUUAUAACACUCUGAUUACAUGAUCUGUCAAAUGACAUUUACUCUGUGACGUUACCAUGGGCAUGACUUUCAACGGCUUACGUGUCCGUAGACGCUUUGCCUGCUCAAAUGAUGACAUUGAUAUGUAAUCGCCAGACAAAAUGGAUCUCUCGAGAACUUCCGAUAGUGACGAGUCCUUUUUAGGAGGCUCGGAAAUAUCGCAUGAAUCACUAGGUGAGAGGAAGGUUACUGCGCUUAUCUGGUCACUUACAGUCACGCGAAUUUGGCUCAUUUUGCCAUUCCGCGAGUAAUUUGCCUUAGCAGUGAUUACGUCGUUCGCCAAGUGUAGUGCAAAGAUCCUACACUUAAUAGGACAACAUUGCCUCAGUUACAGCAAAUGUGGAAUUGUGUACGAACGGGAAUGUGGUAUGAUGGAUCUCUCAUUUCUCCACGCAGAUCCCGCGGGAACAAUAACGGGAAAUCCCUUGAUGUGUAAGGUGCUUCGAUGAGCUUGCUAUGCAACAAAAACGGAGUAGUUUUUCUCGCAGACGGUUAACUUAACGAAUAAAGUACCGCAGAGGAAAGAAACAUCGGUUAACGACGGUUAACAACGGUUAACAACUUUUCUGAAGAAAAACAACAGUUAGACUAUCAGUUUCCUUUAAUAUAUUCUGUUAACCGCUGUUAACCGUUGUUAACCGUCGGAAUAAACAUGUGCGUGCCUGUUAAUCGUUUAUUUCAAGCGUUUACGGUGCUUUCAAGCAUUUUCCGUAGUAUAUAGAACCUUUUUGUUGAUUUUCAAGCAUUAAAAAGACCUUUUUACUCAAGGGAAAACUUUUUGACACUGGUGUAAUUGUCAUGAAGUGCGCUGUUUUUUGCCACAAAAGAACUGCCAUCGUGUGACAACAUGUUUUCGCUGUAUUUGUGAUCAAAGAGGCAUUGCUUUCCCUACACAUCCUAUUUCUACCCAUUUUGGAAGUUCUUCAUUAAUAUUUGUUCUUUUGGCCUUGGUUGUCAUAGAAGAAUUAACGGUUUUAUCGGCAUGGAUUCCAUUAUUUUGUCAAGUAGAUAAUCUGGUAUAUAUGUUGUAAAUUGUUCUAAUUACCAACUCAGUAAACGCGGGUAUUGUUAACUCGGUGAAGCUUACUUUUCCAGUUCUACUUUAACUACAUGAAGAAAGUUGUCACUGCAACUAAGUAUCACUACCUCUAAGGGUUAUUUUUAACUGCUCCGCCGCAUUCUUGAGUCCUCGUGCAUGACUGCAUGACCUGCACACCACGCACUAUUAUUUUUGAACAGGACAGUUGUGCUGCGCAAAUAUAAUAGAUACCCAGUCUUAUCUAAUUUAUUCGACAUGUAAGCACAAUUAACGUUGGUAAAAAGGCCGGAGGUAAGGCUCCUAUUAAGAUAUCAUAUUUGUGACACACAGUAACUCCUUAACCGUGGCCACCAACCACAAUUAAUUUCAAUACUAUUUCUGUAAAGAGCAUGAUUUCUUUCUCAUUUAGGUAUAAGGUUUCUAAUUAAUGGCUAAAUUUCUAAGUGCAUAAUUAAUGCGUCCUAAUUGUUUUUAUGACACCUUCUUUCGUAGUCACAAAGCUUUAGACAAGUACAACAUCUGUGCAAAAAAUCAAUACCCUCCGACCUUACAUCGCGAAGUUACAGCGAUUUGAACAACUGGCCUUCACAGACAACCCCGGACAAAACUGUUGAGACAAUUCCAUGUAUUUUCUAACUUUUGCGCCCUACUCCCGUCUCCCCUAAACACAAAAAGUAAACCCCCUCCCCACCCCCUACUCGAAGUUGCCUUGGUCUAAAAACCAACGUGUAUAAUUGCCAUGCUAUCCUAAGCAACUUUGGAUAAGGGGAGGGGGGAAAUCGGGCAUUCAUUUGGCGGCGGUUUCAGUUUUUGCCGGGAUGACAGGAAAAAAUAGGCAUUUUAGCCAUUUGUCUCAACAGGUUUUGUCCGGGGUUGUCUGCGGACUGUUUUCGGUAUUCUUUAACUUUCAUAGCAAUUACCUCAAGUUAUAGUCCUCUCUUUUGGUCAAAUUGAUAAAAGCCAUUGUUUCAGCAUACUUUUUUUUUCUUUUGAAUGCGAAAUAAUAUUUUUACACUAAAAAUUGAAGUUAUAACACUCUGAUUACAUGAUCUGUCAAAUGACAUUUACUCUGUGACGUUACCAUGGGCAUGACUUUCAACGGCUUACGUGUCCGUAGACGCUUUGCCUGCUCAAAUGAUGACAUUGAUAUGUAAUCGCCAGACAAAAUGGAUCUCUCGAGAACUUCCGAUAGUGACGAGUCCUUUUUAGGAGGCUCGGAAAUAUCCCAUGAAUCACUAGGUGAGAGGAAGGUUAGUGCGCUUAUCUGGUCACUUACAGUCACGCGAAUUUGGCUCAUUUUGCCAUUCUGCGAGUAAUUUGCCUUAGCAGUGAUUACGUCGUUCGCCAAGUGUAGUGCAAAGAUCCUACACUUAAUAGGACAACAUUGCCUCAGUUACAGCAAAUGUGGAAUUGUGUACGAACGGGAAUGUGGUAUGAUGGAUCUCUCAUUUCUCCACGCAGAUCCCGCGGGAACAAUAACGGGAAAUCCCUUGAUGUGUAAGGUGCUUCGAUGAGCUUGCUAUGCAACAAAAACGGAGUAGUUUUUCUCGCAGACGGUUAACUUAACGAAUAAAGUACCGCAGAGGAAAGAAACAUCGGUUAACGACGGUUAACAACGGUUAACAACUUUUCUGAAGAAAAACAACAGUUAGACUAUCAGUCUCCUUUAAUAUAUUCUGUUAACUGCUGUUAACCGUUGUCAACCGUCGGAAUAAACAUGUGCGUGCCUGUUAAUCGUUUAUUUCAACCGUUUACGGUGCUUUCAAGGAUUUUCCGUAGUAUAUAGAACCUUUUUGUUGAUUUUCAAGCAUUAAAAAGACCUUUUUACUCAAGGGAAAACUUUUUGACACUGGUGUAAUUGUCAUGAAGUGCGCUGUUUUUUGCCACAAAAGAACUGCCAUCGUGUGACAACAUGUUUUCGCUGUAUUUGUGAUCAAAGAGGCAUUGCUUUCCCUACACAUCCUAUUUCUACCCAUUUUGGAAGUUCUUCAUUAAUAUUUGUUCUUUUGGCCUUGGUUGUCAUAGAAGAAUUAACGGUUUUAUCGGCAUGGAUUCCAUUAUUUUGUCAAGUAGAUAAUCUGGUAUAUAUGUUGUAAAUUGUUCUAACGUACCAACUCAGUAAACGCGGGUAUUGUUAACUCGGUGAAGCUUACUUUUCCAGUUCUACUUUAACUACAUGGAGAAAGUUGUCACUGAAACUAAGUAUCACUACCUCUAAGGGUUAUUUUUAACUGCUCCGCCGCAUUCUUGAGUCCUCGUGCAUGACCUGAACCACGCACUAUUAUUUUUGAACAGGACAGUUGUGCUGCGCAAAUAUAAUAGAUACCCAGUCUUAUCUAAUUUAUUCGACAUGUAAGCACAAUUAACGUUGGUAAAAAGGCCGGAGGUAAGGCUCCUAUUAAGAUAUCAUAUUUGUGACACACAGUAACUCCUUAACCGUGGCCACCAACCACAAUUAAUUUCAAUACUUUUUCUGUAAAGAGCAUGAUUUCUUUCUCAUUUAGGUAUAAGGUUUCUAAUUUAUGGCUAAAUUUCUAAGUGCAUAAUUAAUGCGUCCUAAUUGUUUUUAUGACACCUUCUUUCGUAGUCACAAAGCUUUAGACAAGUACAACAUCUGUGCAAAAAAUCAAUACCCUCCGACCUUACAUCGCGAAGUUACAGCGAUUUGAACAACUGGCCUUCACAGACAACCCCGGACAAAACUGUUGAGACAAUUCCAUGUAUUUUCUAACUUUUGCGCCCUACUCCCGUCUCCCCUAAACACAAAAAGUAAACCCCCUCCCCACCCCCUACUCGAAGUUGCCUUGGUCUAAAAACCAACGUGUAUAAUUGCCAUGCUAUCCUAAGCAACUUUGGAUAAGGGGAGGGGGGAAAUCGGGCAUUCAUUUGGCGGCGGUUUCAGUUUUUGCCGGGAUGACAGGAAAAAAUAGGCAUUUUAGCCAUUUGUCUCAACAGGUUUUGUCCGGGGUUGUCUGCGGACUGUUUUCGGUAUUCUUUAACUUUCAUAGCAAUUACCUCAAGUUAUAGUCCUCUCUUUUGGUCAAAUUGAUAAAAGCCAUUGUUUCAGCAUACUUUUUUUUUCUUUUGAAUGCGAAAUAAUAUUUUUACACUAAAAAUUGAAGUUAUAACACUCUGAUUACAUGAUCUGUCAAAUGACAUUUACUCUGUGACGUUACCAUGGGCAUGACUUUCAACGGCUUACGUGUCCGUAGACGCUUUGCCUGCUCAAAUGAUGACAUUGAUAUGUAAUCGCCAGACAAAAUGGAUCUCUCGAGAACUUCCGAUAGUGACGAGUCCUUUUCAGGAGGCUCGGAAAUAUCGCAUGAAUCACUAGGUGAGAGGAAGGUUAGUGCGCUUAUCUGGUCACUUACAGUCACGCGAAUUUGGCUCAUUUUGCCAUUCCGCGAGUAAUUUGCCUUAGCAGUGAUUACGUCGUUCGGCAAGUGUAGUGCAAAGAUCCUACACUUAGUAGGACAACAUUGCCUCAGUUACAGCAAAUGUGGAAUUGUGUACGAACGGGAAUGUGGUAUGAUGGAUCUCUCAUUUCUCCACGCAGAUCCCGCGGGAACAAUAACGGGAAAUCCCUUGAUGUGUAAGGUGCUUCGAUGAGCUUGCUAUGCAACAAAAACGGAGUAGUUUUUCUCGCAGACGGUUAACUUAACGAAUAAAGUACCGCAGAGGAAAGAAACAUCGGUUAACGACGGUUAAUAACGGUUAAAAACUUUUCUGAAGAAAAACAACAGUUAGACUAUCAGUUUCCUUUAAUAUAUUUUGUUAACCGCUGUUAACCGUUGUUAACCGUCGGAAUAAACAUGUGCGUGCCUGUUAAUCGUUUAUUUCAAGCGUUUACGGUGCUUUCAAGCAUUUUCCGUAGUAUAUAGAACCUUUUUGUUGAUUUUCAAGCAUUAAAAAGACCUUUUUACUUAAGGGAAAACUUUUUGACACUGGUGUAAUUGUCAUGAAGUGCGCUGUUUUUUGCCACAAAAGAACUGCCAUCGUGUGACAACAUAUUUUCGCUGUAUUUGUGAUCAAAGAGGCAUUGCUUUUCCUACACAUCCUAUUUCUACCCAUUUUGGAAGUUCUUCAUUAAUAUUUGUUCUUUUGGCCUUGGUUGUCAUAGAAGAAUUAACGGUUUUAUCGGCAUGGAUUCUAUUAUUUUGUCAAGUAGAUAAUCUGGUAUAUAUGUUGUAAAUUGUUCUAAUUACCAACUCAGUAAACGCGGGUAUUGUUAACUCGGUGAAGCUUACUUUUCCAGUUCUACUUUAACUACAUGGAGAAAGUUGUCACUGCAACUAAGUAUCACUACCUCUAAGGGUUAUUUUUAACUGCUCCGCCGCAUUCUUGAGUCCUCGUGCAUGACCUGCACACCACGCACUAUUAUUUUUGAACAGGACAGUUGUGCUGCGCAAAUAUAAUAGAUACCCAGUCUUAUCUAAUUUAUUCGACAUGUAAGCACAAUUAACUUUGGUAAAAAGGCCGGAGGUAAGGUUCCUAUUAAGAUAUCAUAUUUGUGACACACAGUAACUCCUUAACCGUGGCCACCAACCACAAUUAAUUUCAAUACUUUUUCUGUAAAGAGCAUGAUUUCUUUCUCAUUUAGGUAUAAGGUUUCUAAUUUAUGGCUAAAUUUCUAAGUGCAUAAUUAAUGCGUCCUAAUUGUUUUUAUGACACCUUCUUUCGUAGUCACAAAGCUUUAGACAAGUAUAACAUCUGUGCAAAAAAUCAAUACCCUCCGACCUUACAUCGCGAAGUUACAGCGAUUUGAACAACUGGCCUUCACAGACAACCCCGGACAAAACUGUUGAGACAAUUCCAUCUAUUUUCUAACUUUUGCGCCCUACUCCCGUCUCCCCUAAACACAAAAAGUAAACCCCCUCCCCACCCCCUAUUCAAAGUUGCCUUGGUCUAAAAACCAACGUGUAUAAUUGCCAUGCUAUCCUAAACAACUUUGGAUAAGGGGAGGGGGGAAAUCGGGCAUUCAUUUGGCGGCGGUUUCAGUUUUUGCCGGGAUGACAGGAAAAAAUAGGCAUUUUCGCCAUUUGUCUCAACAGGUUUUGUCCGGGGUUGUCUGCGGACUGUUUUCGGUAUUCUUUAACUUUCAUAGCAAUAACCUCAAGUUAUAGUCCUCUCUUUUGGUCAAAUUGAUAAAAGCCAUUGUUUCAGCAUACUUUUUUUUUCUUUUGAAUGCGAAAUAAAAUUUUUACAGUAAAAAUUGAAGUUAUAACACUCUGAUUACAUGAUCUGUCAAAUGACAUUUACUCUGUGACGUUACCAUGGGCAUGACUUUCAGCGGCUUACGUGUCCGUAGACGCUUUGCCUGCUCAAAUGAUGACAUUGAUAUGUAAUCGCCAGACAAAAUGGAUCUCUCGAGAACUUCCGAUAGUGACGAGUCCUUUUCAGGAGGCUCGGAAAUAUCGCAUGAAUCACUAGGUGAGAGGAAGGUUAGUGCGCUUAUCUAGUCACUUACAGUCACGCAAAUUUGGCUCAUUUUGCCAUCCCGCGAGUAAUUUGCCUUAGCAGUGAUUACGUCGUUCGCCAAGUGUAGUGCAAAGAUCCUACACUUAAUAGGACAACAUUUCCUCAGUUACAGCAAAUGUGGAAUUGUGUACGAACGGGAAUGUGGUAUGAUGGAUCUCUCAUUUCUCCACGCAGAUCUCUCGGGAACAAUAACGGGAAAUCCCUUGAUUGAUGUGUAAGGUGCUUCGAUGAGCUUGCUAUGCAACAAAAACGGAGUAGUUUUUCUCGCAGACGGUUAACUUAACGAAUAAAGUACCGCAGAGGAAAGAAACAUCGGUUAACAACGGUUAACAACUUUUCUGAAGAAAAACAACAGUUAGACUAUCAGUCUCCUUUAAUAUAUUCUGUUAACCGCUGUUAACCGUUGUUAACCGUCGGAAUAAACAUGUGCGUGCCUGUUAAUCGUUUAUUUCAAGCGUUUACGGUGCCUUCAAGCAUUUUCCGUAGUAUAUAGAACCUUUUUGUUGAUUUUCAAGCAUUAAAAAGAGCUUUUUACUUAAGGGAAAACUUUUUGACACUGGUGUAAUUGUCAUGAAGUGCGCUGUUUUUUGCCACAAAAGAACUGCCAUCGUGUGACAACAUGUUUUCGCUGUAUUUGUGAUCAAAGAGUCAUUGCUUUCCCUACACAUCCUAUUUCUACCCAUUUUGGAAGUUCUUCAUUAAUAUUUGUUCUUUUGGCCUUGGUUGUCAUAGAAGAAUUAACGGUUUUAUCGGCAUGGAUUCCAUUAUUUUGUCAAGUAGAUAAUCUGGUAUAUAUGUUGUAAAUUGUUCUAAUUACCAACUCAGUAAACGCGGGUAUUGUUAACUCGGUGAAGCUUACUUUUCCAGUUCUACUUUAACUACAUGGAGAAAGUUGUCACUGCAACUAAGUAUCACUACCUCUAAGGGUUAUUUUUAACUGCUCCGCCGCAUUCUUGAGUCCUCGUGCAUGACCUGCACACCACGCACUAUUAUUUUUGAACAGGACAGUUGUGCUGCGCAAAUAUAAUAGAUACCCAGUCUUAUCUAAUUUAUUCGACAUGUAAGCACAAUUAACGUUGGUAAAAAGGCCGGAGGUAAGGCUCCUAUUAAGAUAUCAUAUUUGUGACACACAGUAACUCCUUAACCGUGGCCACCAACCACAAUCCAUUUUAAUACUUUUUCUGUAAAGAGCAUGAUUUCUUUCUCAUUUGGGUACAAGGUUUCUAAUUUAUAGCUAAAUUUCUAAGUGCAUAAUUAAUGCGUCCUAAUUGUUUUUAUGACACCUUCUUUCGUGGUCACAAAGCUUUAGACAACUACAACAUCUGUGCAAAAAAUCAAUACCCUCCGACCUUACAUCGCGAAGUUACAGCGAUUUGAACAACUGGCCUUCACAGACAUCCCCGGACAAAACUGUUGAGACAAUUCCAUCUAUUUUCUAACUUUUGCGCCCUACUCCCGUCUCCCCUAAACACAAAAAGUAAACCCCCUCCCCACCCCCUAUUCAAAGUUGCCUUGGUCUAAAAACCAACGUGUAUAAUUGCCAUGCUAUCCUAAACAACUUUGGAUAAGGGGAGGGGGGAAAUCGGGCAUUCAUUUGGCGGCGGUUUCAGUUUUUGUCGGGAUGACAGGAAAAAAUAGGCAUUUUCGCCAUUUGUCUCAACAGGUUUUGUCCGGGGUUGUCUGCGGACUGUUUUCGGUAUUCUUUAACUUUCAUAGCAAUAACCUCAAGUUAUAGUCCUCUCUUUUGGUCAAAUUGAUAAAAGCCAUUGUUUCAGCAUACUUUUUUUUUCUUUUGAAUGCGAAAUAAAAUUUUUACAGUAAAAAUUGAAGUUAUAACACUCUGAUUACAUGAUCUGUCAAAUGACAUUUACUCUGUGACGUUACCAUGGGCAUGACUUUCAGCGGCUUACGUGUCCGUAGACGCUUUGCCUGCUCAAAUGAUGACAUUGAUAUGUAAUCGCCAGACAAAAUGGAUCUCUCGAGAACUUCCGAUAGUGACGAGUCCUUUUCAGGAGGCUCGGAAAUAUCGCAUGAAUCACUAGGUGAGAGGAAGGUUAGUGCGCUUAUCUGGUCACUUACAGUCACGCGAAUUUGGCUCAUUUUGCCAUCCCGCGAGUAAUUUGCCUUAGCAGUGAUUACGUCGUUCGCCAAGUGUAGUCCAAAGAUCCUACACUUAAUAGGACAACAUUGCCUCAGUUACAGCAAAUGUGGAAUUGUGUACGAACGGGAAUGUGGUAUGAUGGAUCUCUCAUUUCUCCACGCAGAUCUCUCGGGAAAAAUAACGGGAAAUCCCUUGAUGUGUAAGGUGCUUCGAUGAGCUUGCUAUGCAACAAAAACGGAGUAGUUUUUCUCGCAGACGGUUAACUUAACGAAUAAAGUACCGCAGAGGAAAGAAACAUCGGUUAACGACGGUUAACAACGGUUAACAACUUUUCUGAAGAAAAACAACAGUUAGACUAUCAGUUUCCUUUAAUAUAUUCUGUUAACCGCUGUUAACCGUUGUUAACCGUCGGAAUAAACAUGUGCGUGCCUGUUAAUCGUUUAUUUCAAGCGUUUACGGUGUUUUUAAGCAUUUUCCGUAGCAUAUAGAACCUUUUUGUUGAUUUUCAAGCUUUAAAAAGACCUUUUUACUCAAGGGAAAACUUUUUGACACUGGUGUAAUUGUCAUGAAGUGCGCUGUUUUUUGCCACAAAAGAACUGCCAUCGUGUGACAACAUGUUUUCGCUGUAUUUGUGAUCAAAGAGGCAUUGCUUUCCCUACACAUCCUAUUUCUACCCAUUUUGGAAGUUCUUCAUUAAUAUUUGUUCUUUUGGCCUAGGUUGUCAUAGAAGAAUUAACGGUUUUAUCGGCAUGGAUUCCAUUAUUUUGUCAAGUAGAUAAUCUGGUAUAUAUGUUGUAAAUUGUUCUAAUUACCAACUCAGUAAACGCGGGUAUUGUUAACUCGGUGAAGCUUACUUUUCCAGUUCUACUUUAACUACAUGGAGAAAGUUGUCACUGCAACUAAGUAUCACUACCUCUAAGGGUUAUUUUUAACUGCUCCGCCGCAUUCUUGAGUCCUCGUGCAUGACCUGCACACCACGCACUAUUAUUUUUGAACAGGACAGUUGUGCUGCGCAAAUAUAAUAGAUACCCAGUCUUAUCUAAUUUAUUCGACAUGUAAGCACAAUUAACGUUGGUAAAAAGGCCGGAGGUAAGCCUCCUAUUAAGAUAUCAUAUUUGUGACACACAGUAACUUUUUAACCGUGGCCACCAACCACAAUUAAUUUCAAUACUUUUUCUGUAAAGAGCAUGAUUUCUUUCUCAUGUAGCUAUAAGGUUUCUAAUUUAUGACUAAAUUUCUAAGUGCAUAAUUAAUGCGUCCUAAUUGUUUUUAUGACACCUUCUUUCGUGGUCACAAAGCUUUAGACAAGUACAACAUCCGUGCAAAAAAUCAAUACCCUCCGACCUUACAUCGCGAACUUACAGCGAUUUGAACAACUGGCCUUCACAGACAUCCCCGGACAAAACUGUUGAGACAAUUCCAUGUAUUUUCUAACUUUUGCGCCCUACUCCCGUCUCCCCUAAACACAAAAAGUAAACCCCCUCCCCACCCCCUAAUCAAUGUUGCCUUGGUCUAAAAACCAACGUGUAUAAUUGCCAUGCUAUCCUAAACAACUUUGGAUAAGGGGAGGGGGGAAAUCGGGCAUUCAUUUGGCGGCGGUUUCAGUUUUUGCCGGGAUGACAGGAAAAAAUAGGCAUUUUCGCCAUUUGUCUCAACAGGUUUUGUCCGGGGUUGUCUGCGGACUGUUUUCGGUAUUCUUUAACUCUCAUAGCAACUACCUCAAGUUAUAGUCCUCUCUUUUGGUCAAAUUGAUAAAAGCCAUUGUUUCAGCAUACUUUUUUUUUUUUUGAAUGCGAAAUAAAAUUUUUACAGUAAAAAUUGAAGUUAUAACACUCUGAUUACAUGAUCUGUCAAAUGACAUUUACUCUGUGACGUUACCAUGGGCAUGACUUUCAACGGCUUACGUGUCCGUAGACGCUUUGCCUGCUCAAAUGAUGACAUUGAUAUGUAAUCGCCAGACAAAAUGGAUCUCUCGAGAACUUCCGAUAGUGACGAGUCCUUUUCAGGAGGCUCGGAAAUAUCGCAUGAAUCACUAGGUGAGAGGAAGGUUAGUGCGCUUAUCUGGUCACUUACAGUCACGCGAAUUUGGCUCAUUUUGCCAUCCCGCGAGUAAUUUGCCUUAGCAGUGAUUACGUCGUUCGCCAAGUGUAGUGCAAAGAUCCUACACUUAAUAGGACAACAUUGCCUCAGUUACAGCAAAUGUGGAAUUGUGUACGAACGGGAAUGUGGUAUGAUGGAUCUCUCAUUUCUCCACGCAGAUCUCUCGGGAACAAUAACGGGAAAUCCCUUGAUGUGUAAGGUGCUUCGAUGAGCUUGCUAUGCAACAAAAACGGAGUAGUUUUUCUCGCAGACGGUUAACUUAACGAAUAAAGUACCGCAGAGGAAAGAAACAUCGGUUAACGACGGUUAACAACGGUUAACAACUUUUCUGAAGAAAAACAACAGUUAGAGUAUCAGUUUCCUUUAAUAUAUUCUGUUAACCGCUGUUAACCGUUGUUAACCGUCGGAAUAAACAUGUGCGUGCCUGUUAAUCGUUUAUUUCAAACGUUUACGGUGCUUUCAAGCAUUUUCCGUAGCAUAUAGAACCUUUUUGUUGAUUUUCAAGCAUUAAAAAGACCUUUUUACUCAAGGGAAAACUUUUUGACACUGGUGUAAUUGUCAUGAAGUGCGCUGUUUUUUGCCACAAAAGAACUGCCAUCGUGUGACAACAUGUUUUCGCUGUAUUUGUGAUCAAAGAGGCAUUGCUUUCCCUACACAUCCUGUUUCUACCCAUUUUGGAAGUUCUUCAUUAAUAUUUGUUCUUUUGGCCUUGGUUGUCAUAGAAGAAUUAACGGUUUUAUCGGCAUGGAUUCCAUUAUUUUGUCAAGUAGAUAAUCUGGUAUAUAUGUUGUAAAUUGUUCUAAUUACCAGAUCAGUAAACGCGGGUAUUGUUAACUCGGUGAAGCUUACUUUUCCAGUUCUACUUUAACUACAUGGAGAAAGUUGUCACUGCAACUAAGUAUCACUACCUCUAAGAGUUAUUUUUAACUGCUCCGCCGCAUUCUUGAGUCCUCGUGCAUGACCUGCACACCACGCACUAUUAUUUUUGAACAGGACAGUUGUGCUGCGCAAAUAUAAUAGAUACCCAGUCUUAUCUAAUUUAUUCGACAUGUAAGCACAAUUAACGUUGGUAAAAAGGCCGGAGGUAAGGCUCCUAUUAAGAUAUCAUAUUUGUGACACACAGUAACUCCUUAACCGUGGCCACCAACCACAAUUAAUUUCAAUACUUUUUCUGUAAAGAGCAUGAUUUCUUUGUCAUUUAGGUAUAAGGUUUCUAAUUUAUGGCUAAAUUUCUAAGUGCAUAAUUAAUGCGUCCUAAUUGUUUUUAUCACACCUUCUUUCGUAGUCACAAAGCUUUAGACAAGUACAACAUCUGUGCAAAAAAUCAAUACCCUCCGACCUUACAUCGCGAAGUUACAGCGAUUUGAACAACUGGCCUUCACAGACAUCCCCGGACAAAACUGUUGAGACAAUUCCAUCUAUUUUCUAACUUUUGCGCCCUACUCCCGUCUCCCCUAAACACAAAAAGUAAACCCCCUCCCCACCCCCUAUUCAAAGUUGCCUUGGUCUAAAAACCAACGUGUAUAAUUGCCAUGCUAUCCUAAACAACUUUGGAUAAGGGGAGGGGGGAAAUCGGGCAUUCAUUUGGCGGCGGUUUCAGUUUUUGCCGGGAUGACAGGAAAAAAUAGGCAUUUUCGCGAUUUGUCUCAACAGGUUUUGUCCGGGGUUGUCUGCGGACUGUUUUCGGUAUUCUUUAACUUUCAUAGCAAUUACCUCAAGUUAUAGUCCUCUCUUUUGGUCAAAUUGAUAAAAGCCAUUGUUUCAGCAUACUUUUUUUUUCUUUUGAAUGCGAAAUAAAAUUUUUACAGUAAAAAUUGAAGUUAUAACACUCUGAUUACAUGAUCUGUCAAAUGACAUUUACUCUGUGACGUUACCAUGGGCAUGACUUUCAACGGCUUACGUGUCCGUAGACGCUUUGCCUGCUCAAAUGAUGACAUUGAUAUGUAAUCGCCAGACAAAAUGGAUCUCUCGAGAACUUCCGAUAGUGACGAGUCCUUUUCAGGAGGCUCGGAAAUAUCGCAUGAAUCACUAGGUGAGAGGAAGGUUAGUGCGCUUAUCUGGUCACUUACAGUCACGCGAAUUUGGCUCAUUUUGCCAUCCCGCGAGUAAUUUGCCUUAGCAGUGAUUACGUCGUUCGCCAAGUGUAGUGCAAAGAUCCUACACUUAAUAGGACAACAUUGCCUCAGUUACAGCAAAUGUGGAAUUGUGUACGAACGGGAAUGUGGUAUGAUGGAUCUCUCAUUUCUCCACGCAGAUCUCUCGGGAACAAUAACGGGAAAUCCCUUGAUGUGUAAGGUGCUUCGAUGAGCUUGCUAUGCAACAAAAACGGAGUAGUUUUUCUCGCAGACGGUUAACUUAACGAAUAAAGUACCGCAGAGGAAAGAAACAUCGGUUAACGACGGUUAACAACGGUUAACAACUUUUCUGAAGAAAAACAACAGUUAGACUAUCAGUUUCCUUUAAUAUAUUCUGUUAACCGCUGUUAACCGUUGUUAACCGUCGGAAUAAACAUGUGCGUGCCUGUUAAUCGUUUAUUUCAAGCGUUUACGGUGCUUUCAAGCAUUUUCCGUAGUAUAUAGAACCUUUUUGUUGAUUUUCAAGCAUUAAAAAGACCUUUUUACUCAAGGGAAAACUUUUUGACACUGGUGUAAUUGUCAUGAAGUGCGCUGUUUUUUGCCACAAAAGAACUGCCAUCGUGUGACAACAUGUUUUCGCUGUAUUUGUGAUCAAAGAGGCAUUGCUUUCCCUACACAUCCUAUUUCUACCCAUUUUGGAAGUUCUUCAUUAAUAUUUGUUCUUUUGGCCUUGGUUGUCAUAGAAGAAUUAACGGUUUUAUCGGCAUGGAUUCCAUUAUUUUGUGAAGUAGAUAAUCUGGUAUAUAUGUUGUAAAUUGUUCUAAUUACCAACUCAGUAAACGCGGGUAUUGUUAACUCGGUGAAGCUUACUUUUCCAGUUCUACUUUAACUACAUGGAGAAAGUUGUCACUGCAACUAAGUAUCACUACCUCUAAGGGUUAUUUUUAACUGCUCCGCCGCAUUCUUGAGUCCUCGUGCAUGACCUGCACACCACGCACUAUUAUUUUUGAACAGGACAGUUGUGCUGCGCAAAUAUAAUAGAUACCCAGUCUUAUCUAAUUUAUUCGACAUGUAAGCACAAUUAACGUUGGUAAAAAGGCCGGAGGUAAGGCUCCUAUUAAGAUAUCAUAUUUGUGACACACAGUAACUUUUUAACCGUGGCCACCAACCACAAUUAAUUUCAAUACUUUUUCUGUAAAGAGCAUGAUUUCUUUCUCAUUUAGGUAUAAGGUUUCUAAUUUAUGGCUAAAUUUCUAAGUGUAUAAUUAAUGCGUCCUAAUUGUUUUUAUGACACCUUCUUUCAUGGUCACAAAGCUUUAGACAAGUACAACAUCUGUGCAAAAAAUCAAUACCCUCCGACCUUACAUCGCGAAGUUACAGCGAUUUGAACAACUGGCCUUCAGACAUCCCCGGACAAAACUGUUGAGACAAUUCCAUCUAUUUUCUAACUUUUGCGCCCUACUCCCGUCUCCCCUAAACACAAAAAGUAAACCCCCUCCCCACCCCCUAUUCAAAGUUGCCUUGGUCUAAAAACCAACGUGUAUAAUUGCCAUGCUAUCCUAAACAACUUUGGAUAAGGGGAGGGGGAAAAUCGGGCAUUCAUUUGGCGGCGGUUUCAGUUUUUGCCGGGAUGACAGGAAAAAAUAGGCAUUUUCGCGAUUUGUCUCAACAGGUUUUGUCCGGGGUUGUCUGCGGACUGUUUUCGGUAUUCUUUAACUUUCAUAGCAAUUACCUCAAGUUAUAGUCCUCUCUUUUGGUCAAAUUGAUAAAAGCCAUUGUUUCAGCAUACUUUUUAUUCUUUUGAAUGCGAAAUAAAAUUUUUACAGUAAAAAUUGAAGUUAUAACACUCUGAUUACAUGAUAUGUCAAAUGAUAUUUACUCUGUGACGUUACCAUGGGCAUGACUUGCAACGGCUUACGUGUCCGUAGACGCUUUGCCUGCUCAAAUGAUGACAUUGAUAUGUAAUCGCCAGACAAAAUGGAUCUCUCGAGAACUUCCGAUAGUGACGAGUCCUUUUCAGGAGGCUCGGAAAUAUCGCAUGAAUCACUAGGUGAGAGGAAGGUUAGUGCGCUUAUCUGGUCACUUACAGUCACGCGAAUUUGGCUCAUUUUUCCAUCCCGCGAGUAAUUUGCCUUAGCAGUGAUUACGUCGUUCGCCAAGUGUAGUGCAAAGAUCCUACACUUAAUAGGACAACAUUGCCUCAGUUACAGCAAAUGUUGAAUUGUGUACGAACGGGAAUGUGGUAUGAUGGAUCUCUCAUUUCUCCACGCAGAUCCCGCGGGAACAAUAACGGGAAAUCCCUUGAUGUGUAAGGUGCUUCGAUGAGCUUGCUAUGCAACAAAAACGGAGUAGUUUUUCUCGCAGACGGUUAACUUAACGAAUAAAGUACCGCAGAGGAAAGAAACAUCGGUUAACGACGGUUAACAACGGUUAACAACUUUUCUGAAGAAAAACAACAGUUAGACUAUCAGUUUCCUUUAAUAUAUUCUGUUAACCGCUGUUAACCGUUGUUAACCGUCGGAAUAAACAUGUGCGUGCCUGUUAAUCGUUUAUUUCAAGCGUUUACGGUGCUUUCAAGCAUUUUCCGUAGUAUAUAGAACCUUUUUGUUGAUUUUCAAGCAUUAAAAAGACCUUUUUACUCAAGGGAAAACUUUUUGACACUGGUGUAAUUGUCAUGAAGUGCGCUGUUUUUUGCCACAAAAGAACUGCCACCGUGUGACAACAUGUUUUCGCUGUAUUUGUGAUCAAAGAGGCAUUGCUUUCCCUACACAUCCUAUUUCUACCCAUUUUGGAAGUUCUUCAUUAAUAUUUGUUCUUUUGGCCUUGGUUGUCAUAGAAGAAUUAACGGUUUUAUCGGCAUGGAUUCCAUUAUUUUGUCAAGUAGAUAAUCUGGUAUAUAUGUUGUAGUUAAUUUUUUAUUUCAGUUAAUUUUUAUUUUUCCAUUGUUUUGGGGUAUGGUAAUGUAUGCUAAUGAAUUUAAAACAAAGGAAAAACAAAAAUUAACUGAAAUUAAAAAUUAACUGCAACCCAACUCAGUAAACGCGGGUAUUGUUAACUCGGUGAAGCUUACUUUUCCAGUUCUACUUUAACUACAUGGAGAAAGUUGUCACUGCAACUAAGUAUCACUACCUCUAAGGGUUAUUUUUAACUGCUCCGCCGCAUUCUUGAGUCCUCGUGCAUGACCUGCACACCACGCACUAUUAUUUUUGAACAGGACAGUUGUGCUGCGCAAAUAUAAUAGAUACCCAGUCUUAUCUAAUUUAUUCGACAUGUAAGCACAAUUAACGUUGGUAAAAAGGCCGGAGGUAAGGCUCCUAUUAAGAUAUCAUAUUUGUGACACACAGUAACUCCUUAACCGUGGCCACCAACCACAAUUAAUUUCAAUACUUUUUCUGUAAAGAGCAUGAUUUCUUUCUCAUUUAGGUAUAAGGUUUCUAAUUAAUGGCUAAAUUUCUAAGUGCAUAAUUAAUGCGUCCUAAUAUAAUUGUUUUUAUGACACCUUCUUUCGUAGUCACAAAGCUUUAGACAAGUACAACAUUUGUGCAUAAAAUCAAUACCCUCCGACCUUACAUCGCGAAGUUACAGCGAUUUGAACAACUGACCUUCACAGACAACCCCGGACAAAACUGUUGAGACAAUUCCAUGUAUUUUCUAACUUUUGCGCCCUACUCCCGUCUCCCCUAAACACAAAAAGUAAACCCCCUCCCCACCCCCUAUUCAAAGUUGCCUUGGUCUAAAAACCAACGUGUAUAAUUGCCAUGCUAUCCUAAACAACUUUGGAUAAGGGGAGGGGGGAAAUCGGGCAUUCAUUUGGCGGCGGUUUCAGUUUUUGCCGGGAUGACAGGAAAAAAUAGGCAUUUUCGCCAUUUGUCUCAACAGGUUUUGUCCGGGGUUGUCUGCGGACUGUUUUCGGUAUUCUUUAACUUUCAUAGCAAUUACCUCAAGUUAUAGUCCUCUCUUUUGGUCAAAUUGAUAAAAGCCAUUGUUUCAGCAUACUUUUUUUUUCUUUUGAAUGCGAAAGAAAAUUUUUACAGUAAAAAUUGAAGUUAUAACACUCUGAUUACAUGAUCUGUCAAAUGACAUUUACUCUGUGACGUUACCAUGGGCAUGACUUUCAACGGCUUACGUGUCCGUAGACGCUUUGCCUGCUCAAAUGAUGACAUUGAUAUGUAAUCGCCAGACAAAAUGGAUCUCUCGAGAACUUCCGAUAGUGACGAGUCCUUUUCAGGAGGCUCGGAAAUAUCGCAUGAAUCACUAGGUGAGAGGAAGGUUAGUGCGCUUAUCUGGUCACUUACAGUCACGCGAAUUUGGCUCAUUUUGCCAUCCCGCGAGUAAUUUGCCUUAGCAGUGAUUACGUCGUUCGCCAAGUGUAGUGCAAAGAUCCUACACUUAAUAGGACAACAUUGCCUCAGUUACAGCAAAUGUGGAAUUGUGUACGAACGGGAAUGUGGUAUGAUGGAUCUCUCAUUUCUCCACGCAGAUCCCGCGGGAACAAUAACGGGAAAUCCCUUGAUGUGUAAGGUGCUUCUAUGAGCUUGCUAUGCAACAAAAACGGAGUAGUUUUUCUCGCAGACGGUUAACUUAACGAAUAAAGUACCGCAGAGGAAAGAAACAUCGGUUAACGACGGUUAACAACGGUUAACAACUUUUCUGAAGAAAAACAACAGUUAGACUAUCAGUUUCCUUUAAUAUAUUCUGUUAACCGCUGUUAACCGUUGUUAACCGUCGGAAUAAACAUGUGCGUGCCUGUUAAUCGUUUAUUUCAAGCGUUUACGGUGCUUUGAAGCAUUUUCCGUAGUAUGUAGAACGUUUUUAUUGAUUUUCAAGCAUUAAAAAGACCUUUUUACUCAAGGGAAAACUUUUUGACACUGGUGUAAUUGUCAUGAAGUGCGCUGUUUUUUGCCACAAAAGAACUGCCACCGUGUGACAACAUGUUUUCGCUGUAUUUGUGAUCAAAGAGGCAUUGCUUUCUCUACACAUCCUAUUUCUACCCAUUUUGGAAGUUCUUCAUUAAUAUUUGUUCUUUUGGCCUUGGUUGUCAUAGAAGAAUUAACGGUUUUAUCGGCAUGGAUUCCAUUAUUUUGUCAAGUAGAUAAUCUGGUAUAUAUGUUGUAGUUAAUUUUUUUAUUUCAGUUAAUUUUUAUUUUUCUAUUGUUUUGGGGUAUGGUAAUGUAUGCUAAUGAAUUUAAAACAAAGGAAAAACAAAAAUUAACUGAAAUUAAAAAUUAACUGCAACCCAACUCAGUAAACGCGGGUAUUGUUAACUCGGUGAAGCUUACUUUUCCAGUUCUACUUUAACUACAUGGAGAAAGUUGUCACUGCAACUAAGUAUCACUACCUCUAAGGGUUAUUUUUAACUGCUCCGCCGCAUUCUUGAGUCCUCGUGCAUGACCUGCACACCACGCACUAUUAUUUUUGAACAGGACAGUUGUGCUGCGCAAAUAUAAUAGAUACCCAGUCUUAUCUAAUUUAUUCGACAUGUAAGCACAAUUAACGUUGGUAAAAAGGCCGGAGGUAAGGCUCCUAUUAAGAUAUCAUAUUUGUGACACACAGUAACUCCUUAACCGUGGCCACCAACCACAAUUAAUUUCAAUACUUUUUCUGUAAAGAGCAUGAUUUCUUUCUCAUUUAGGUAUAAGGUUUCUAAUUUAUGGCUAAAUUUCUAAGUGCAUAAUUAAUGCGUCCUAAUAUAAUUGUUUUUAUGACACCUUCUUUCGUAGUCACAAAGCUUUAGACAAGUACAACAUUUGUGCAUAAAAUCAAUACCCUCCGACCUUACAUCGCGAAGUUACAGCGAUUUGAAAAACUGGCCUUCAUAGACAUCCCCGGACAAAACUGUUGAGACAAUUCCAUGUAUUUUCUAACUUUUGCGCCCUACUCCCGUCUCCCCUAAACACAAAAAGUAAACCCCCUCCCCACCCCCAAUUCAAAGUUGCCUUGGUCUAAAAACCAACGUGUAUAAUUGCCAUGCUAUCCUAAACAACUUUGGAUAAGGGGAGGGGGGAAAUCGGGCAUUCAUUUGGCGGCGGUUUCAGUUUUUGCCGGGAUGACAGGAAAAAUAGGCAUUUUCGCCAUUUGUCUCAACAGGUUUUGUCCGGGGUUGUCUGCGGACUGUUUUCGGUAUUCUUUAACUUUCAUAGCAAUUACCUCAAGUUAUAGUCCUCUCUUUUGGUCAGAUUGAUAAAAGCCAUUGUUUCAGCAUACUUUUUUUUUCUUUUGAAUGCGAAAGAAAAUUUUUACAGUAAAAAUUGAAGUUAUAACACUCUGAUUACAUGAUCUGUCAAAUGACAUUUACUCUGUGACGUUACCAUGGGCAUGACUUUCAACGGCUUACGUGUCCGUAGACGCUUUGCCUGCUCAAAUGAUGACAUUGAUAUGUAAUCGCCAGACAAAAUGGAUCUCUCGAGAACUUCCGAUAGUGACGAGUCCUUUUUAGGAGGCUCGGAAAUAUCGCA